AUUUUGUUCCUGGUUCCGCCGCAGGUCCUGGCCAUGCCAUCGGCAACCUGCUCGUCUUGUCCGUGAGGCCUUCCCAGCUGGCCGGGCUCACCCCGCAGCUCCUGCACCUGUGCCUGCCCGGGGAAUUGUGGGGCCAUUUCCCACUCCUCUUCAACUGUCAGCGACAUCUUGGGCCUUCUUUUCCAGUCAGGUGGGACGGCGUCCCUAUGAGGCUGUGUCUUAUCCCUCGGAACACGGGCACCCCACAGAGGGUCCUGCGUCCUGUGGUCUGGAGCACCCCCUCAAGGAAGAAACCCGUGCUGUCUGCUCACAACUCCAUAAUGUUUGGACACCUCAGCCCCGUAAGGAUCCCUUGUCUCAGAGGCAAGUUUAACCUUCAACUUCCUUCAUUAGAUGACCAGGUGAUCCCAGCCAGGCUCCCGAAGACGGAGGUGAGGGCAGAAGAGCCCAAAGAAGCAACAGAGGUGAAAGACCAGGUAGAGACCCAGGGGCAGGAGGACAAUAAAAGGGGCCCCUGUAGCAAUGGGGAAGCAGCCUCCACCUCUAGGCCCCUGGAGACUCAGGGAAACCUCACUUCCUCCUGGUACAAUCCCAGGCCCUUGGAGGGAAAUGUCCACCUCAAGAGCUUGACAGAAAAGAAUCAGACUGACAAGGCCCAGGUGCAUGCAGUGAGUUUCUACUCCAAGGGCCAUGGAGUCGCCAGUUCACACAGCCCUGCUGGAGGCAUCCUUCCCUUUGGGAAGCCUGACCCACUUCCAACAGUGCUCCCUGCCCCAGUUCCGGGCUGCUCCCUGUGGCCAGAGAAGGCGGCCUUGAAGGUGCUGGGUAAAGACCACCUGCCCAGCUCUCCAGGCUUGCUGAUGGUGGGGGAGGACAUGCAGCCCAAGGAUCCUGCAGCUCUUGGAUCAAGUAGGUCUUCUCCACCCAGAGCUGCCGGCCACAGGUCCCACAAAAGAAAACUGUCGGGGCCACCACUGCAGCUGCAACCGACCCCUCCCCUGCAACUGAGGUGGGAUAGAGACGAGCGGCCCCCACCGGCAAAGCUUCCAUGUCUAUCUCCUGAGGCACUGUUGGUGGGUCAGGCUUCCCAAAGAGAAGGACGCCUCCAGCAGGGCAACAUGCGUAAGAACAUGAGGGUGUUAAGUAGAACAUCAAAAUUCAGGAGACUAAGACAGCUGCUUAGGAGGAGAAAGAAGACUCGGCAGGGCAGGCGUGGUGGCUCACGCCUGUAAUCCAGCACUUUGGGAGGCCCAGGCGGGCGGAUCAGGAGAUCAAGAGAUUGAGACCUGAGAAACAUCUCUGCCUGCACCAUCUGGGAAGUG